AUGGACAAGGUUCCCGGAAUAACUUACAUUGAAGCGCCUUUGAAAGAACUUCAUUGUACUUCGUGGCAAGAAAAAACGGUCUCGGAUUCUGCAAUGUAUCAACUUCCUUCGCGUUUCACCCGCAUCAUUUCCAAGCUACGCGAAGAACUUCCAAUUAUUUUUACAUCUACUUAUCCGCUGGUUCUAAAUCACGGCGACAUGUGUGAGAUGAAUAUCAUCGUCGAUCCUGUAAUAGGCGGUAUUACUGGAGUCAUCGAUUGGGCUGAGGCGAAAGUUUCACCAUUUGGAAUGUCUUUGUGGGGGUUUCAGAACAUGCUCGGUGUUAUGAACUCAACGGGUUGGCAUUACUACGAAAAUUCUUCCAGGUUGGAAGCUCUUUUCUGGGAUGUAUUCCAUAGAAGUGUGGGAAUGAUUUCCAAUGAUGACAAACGUGCUAUGAAAACUGCAGAACGAGCUGGUUUAGUUCUUCGUUACGGCUUCACUUGGGAAGACGGAGCUUUUGAAAAGAUUGUGACUAAGCAAGAUUCUUCGAUUAGAUAUCUGGACGCAUUUUUACACCGCUUGGAAGAUUGA